ACCAAGACUGUCCGAUUCAAGCCCGAUCAAGAUAAAAUUGUUAUCACAAGACACUAUCUCUAAGACAAUGACUAACAGAAUUCGUCGUAAAGUGCCAGCGUCCUCAUAUUUUCUCAGCAAAGACACUCCUAUAUCAAGAAUAGGCGGAUCUGGAGCUGCACCUCCGGCAGCUCCUCCACCGCCACCACCUUCCCAGUCGUUCUAUAGACCUGGCAGCCCUAGCAGCCAGAGCGAUACGUACCGUCCUGAUGGAUCUUUCUCUUACAGCUAUAACACAGAUAACGGAAUAUCUACAAAUGUGAAGGGAUACCAGAAAAACGUUUCGGGUAACCAAGGACAAGCAAUGGAGGGACAGUUUUCUUACACGUCACCGGAAGGAAGACCCAUACUUACUCUCUGGUACGCGGACGAGACAGGAUUCCAUGCCCAGGGUGCUCAUUUGCCCUUAUUCACCCUGCGUAAUGGAUAAGGACUUAGUGGAUCUUGAAAAAUACUGGACUUAAUUGAUUUACUCUAAGAAUAAAAAAUAAAACUAAAUUGUACAUA